UUUUGAAAAGUUUCAUUUGUAGUUUUAAUGUGUUGGAAUUUUAGGUAGUAUUUGUGUGUAAUUUUGUAAUUUGUUUUAUUAGUUUGUAAAAAGAAUGUCUACAAAUAUACAGGUAGCCAUAAGAAUCCGGCCUCUUAUCGCAACCGAGCAUGAGAAGAGGCUUCGAGCACAGUGGAGCACCCAAAACAACACAAUUUACCAGGUUGACAACAAUGGACAAAAGUUUGGAGACGCUUUCAGCUUCGACCACAUUUUUGGAAUUGACAAAACAAACUCAGAUAUUUAUGACGACAUCGUGAGGGAUUUUGUGGACUCGUCUUUAAAUGGACUAAAUUCAACUAUUUUUGCUUACGGACAAACGUCUUCAGGGAAAACUUACACAAUGUUAGGAGACAAGAGACAGUCAGGGAUCAUGACAUUGGCCAUCGAAAAUAUUUUCAACAAUAUUGAAAACACUGCAGAUAGGAAAUUUUUAAUUCGAGUCUCGUAUAUUGAGAUUUACAAUGAGAAAAUCUACGAUUUGUUGGAUCCCUCAAAUAAAGAUGUCAAGAUUCGUGAGUUCUUCCCUGCAACUAUUGGGUUGCAAAAUAUUAAGGAGGAAAUUGUGUCAAGUAGGAAACAAAUGUUUGAGUGCCUGAAAACCGGAACUUUGAAUCGCCACAUUGCCUCAAACACAGUCAACGAUCGGAGCAGUAGGUCACACACCAUUUUUAAAAUCACUAUUGAAUCCACUCAAGUAACUGAUUUUACUAGUGGACCUGUUCAAGUUUCAAACCUCAAUUUAGUGGACCUUGCAGGUUCUGAAAGGGUAGCACAAACGAAAGCCACUGGAGCGAGACUUAAAGAAGGCAGCCACAUAAAUAAGUCCUUGUCAGCUUUAGGUUUAGUGAUUAGACAGCUAAGUGAUGGUCAGGACUUUAUUAAUUUUCGUGAUUCAAAAUUGACAAGACUCCUCCAAGACUCUCUAGGUGGUAACUCAAAAACCCUUAUUAUUGCAACAAUCACACUAGCGUCAGUAGAGGACACGUGUUCCACGUUGGCUUUUGCGCAACGAGCAAAAGCUGUGAAGAAUAAACCCCACGUUAAUGAAAUUUUAACGGAUGCUGAUGUUAGUAAACGUUAUGCCAGUUUAAAUUCCCAAUUGCAGAAGAAAUUGGAAGAACAAUUGUGCAUUAAUCAGAAAUUACAGGAAACACAAGAAGCUAAUGUGAGGGAGAUGAACAAGUUGCAACAACAGAUGGAAUUAAUUGAACACUUUCAACGAGGCAAAAUCAGUAAUAUUCCUUCUAUUCCUAAAAGAAGACACACAAUCGGAUUUUCAACACAAAAUCCCUUAUUUGGACGAUCAAAUCAGGAUGCAUCCAGUUUAUUGUUUUUGGACGAAUUCUCUUCAAAAGGCCACAUCGCUGCAGAAAAUGCUCUUGAAACUAUUAUGGAGGAAGAUACAACACCAAUGAAAAGCAAAUUUUUAACACCGCAGCUUAAUCGUUUCAGCGACGGUUAUAAUAAAUUUUCUAUUGGGACAGGAGACGAAGACAAUGAUGCACUGAAAAAGGCUAGUUUAGAAGAAGAGCUUCAAAAUGCGAGAAAAAGACUGCAUGAAUAUGAAAUUCAGCAAAAGGAAUUAGAAGAAAAAUUUAAAUUAAAAGAAGAUCUAAACGAAGAUUUUGAGAAUUAUUGUUAUCCUCAAAUCAUUGAUAUAAGAGAUCAGUUACUUUAUUUGCAAAAAAUAUUAGUUAAUGAGAAAAUUGACAAAGAAAUUUCGAAUUCAAUUCUGGAGAAAGAUUCGCUAAUUAAAUCACAUUCUUUAGAAUUAACUGAGAUGAAAGAUUGUAUUAAUCAACUUCGUUUAGAGUUAAUUGGAAAAGAACAGCUUCUGUUAGAAGAACGAAAUGGAAGUACUGCCAUUUUAGAAGAAAAUUCUAAGCUGAAAAUGGAGUUAAGUCAUUGCGAAACUGAAAACAAAUUUCUAUCGGAAGAAAAUGACAGACUGAAAACUGAGAUUGAACUAAAUAACAAAACUCUUCAUGACUUGAAAACGAACGUUAAUAACUUAUUUUUAGAAUUGACGGAUAAAAAUAAAAACAUAGCUAAUUUUGAAAGUAAUUUAUCAACGUUGAAAAACGAAAAUAAGAAAAUUAUGGAAGAGUUAGAUAAUGUCCGACAUGACAAUGAUUUUUUUAGCAAUGAAUACAAUUUGUUAAAAGAAGAACACAUCCAAUUAAAGAACGAAUUCGCUACCAUUGGCACUGAAAACGACACUCUCAAAAAAUCAAAUGAAGAAAUGAAGAUAUUAAUUGAAGAAUAUGAAUCAGUAAAGCAAUUAAAGAACAAAUUUGCUGCUUGUUGUACUGAAAGAGACUCUCUGAAAAAAUCAAAUGAAGAAAUGAAGAUGUUAAUUGAAGAAUACGAAUUGUCAAAACACGACUACAUUCAACUAAAGAAUGAAUUUGUUGCUUCUUGUACAGAAAACAACUCUCUGAAAAAAUCAAAUGAAGAAAUGAAGAUAUUAAUUGAAGAAUACGAAUCAGUAAAGCAUGAGUACAUCGAAUUAAAGAACAAAUUUGCUGCUUGUUGUACUGAAAGAGACUCUUUGAAAAUAACAAUUGAAAAAAUGAAGAUGAAAAUUGAAGAAUACGAAUUAUUAAAGCAGAAGCACAUCGAAGUAAAUAACGAAUUUGCGAUUUCUUGUACAGAAAACAACUCUCUGAAAAAAAUAAUUGAAGAAAUGAAGAAGACAAUUGAAGAAUACACAUUGCUAAAGCAGGAGUACAUAGAACUAAAGAAGAAAUUUGCUGUUUCUGGUACAGAAAACGGCUGUUUAAAAAAAAUAAAUGAAGAAAUGAAGAUGAUAAUUGAAGAAUACGAAUCGUUAAAGCAUAAGCACAUCGAAUUAAAUAACGAAUUUGUGACUUCUUGUACAGAAAACAAAUCUCUGAAAGAAGAAAUGAAGAUGGUAAUUGAAGAAUAUGAAUCGUUAAAGAAGGAAUUUGCUGUUUCUUGCACAGAAAACGACUCUCUGAAAAAAUCAAAUGAAGAAAUGAAGAUAUUAAUUGAAGAAUACGAAUCAGUAAAGCAUGAGUCCAUCCAAUUAAAGAACAAAUUUGCUGUUUGUUGUACUGAAAGAGACUCUCUGAAAAUAACAAUUGAAGAAAUGAAGAUGAAAAUUGAAGAAUACAAAUUAUUAAAGCAGAAGCACAUCGAACUAAAUAACGAAUUUGCGAUUUCUUGUACAGAAAACAACUCUCUGAAAAAAAUAAUUGAAGAAAUGAAGAAGAAAAUUGAAGAAUACGAAUCGUUAAAGAAGGAAUUUGCUGUUUCUCGUACACAAAACGACACUCUGAAAAAUACAAUUGAAGAAAUGAGGACGAUAUUUGAAGAACAAGGAAGAAGAGCAGAGACAAUGAAAAUACGUAACGACCAACUAAAUUUAGAAAUUCAAAGUAAGGAAGCACAAUUAAAAGAAAAAUUGUUUACUAUGUCUUCUGAAAAUAAUUGUUUGAAAAAAGAGAUUGAAAAAUUGAGGAACGAUAAUGAGAAUCAAAAGCAAAAAUUAGUUCUUAAUGACUUAGAAUUACAAAAACAAAAACAUCGUCUUUCGGAAAGUGAUAAAAAUCUGGAGGAAAUAGAAGAAUUAAAACAUAAAAUAACACAAUUAACUUCAUGUAACAAUAAAUCUAAUUUAGAACAGAUUAUAAAAUACCGGAAUGUAUUAUGUAGUAUUAUAGAGUAUUUUAUCUCUGAACAGAAGUCUCUAUUGCUUGUCCGUCAUUCCCAAGAUGAAAGAGAAAAUUUCAAGAGUAUUAUAAGAGAUCUCAAAACAAAUAAUGCAACUUUGAAAAGUCAAAUUGAUCUUUUACGAAUCCAAAACGACUGUGAUUUAUGUGCAAUUCAAGAAACGGUUAAAAAGUCUCACAUGAUUUUCAAAGAUUAUUUCUCUUUAGAAAAAACAUUUCUCAGAGCUCAAAUUAAUGAUUUAGAAAACACUAACAAAGAGUAUUUGGGGGAAAUGAUGGCACUUAAAGAUCAGAAACGGGAUGACUCGAGAGAAGGUUGUCCAAACUGUGAUAAGCUGCAAAACGAAAUUACUAGACUGACUGGAGUAGUAACUUCUCAAGAAAAAAUGGUUAUUACGUUAAAAAAUCAGAAUUCUACUUUGCAAAAAGAAAAUUUUAACACUAUGAAAGACUAUGUUAAUUUGCAACAAAAGGUUUAUGAGGAACAGGACAAAAAAUACGAGCUUCAGUACACAGAGUGGAUGAAAUUUCAAGAAGAAAAUAAUAAAAUGCAACAACGAGAAAUUCGGAAGCUGAAACACAAAAUUAAGGAAUAUGAACAAACGCGUCAAAUAAAUAAACAAUCAAUUGGUACAGAAUGUAAUAUACUUGGUGCAUCAAUUCUGGAAGAAAUGACGGCGCUAAAAACGGAAAGAGAUGAAUUAAGAAGAUUAAAUGAAGUACAAAAUGGGUGUUCGUUACGUGAAAAGAUUCCUACUACACAUGCUGAAGCUCAGUGUAACAUAUUUAGUGAACCAUCGGUGCUACAGGAAAAGUAUGACCUAUUGAAACGUAUUUGUAGAUUAAGGAUGGAUACAAUCGAAAAGCUUAAAGCGGAGAGAGACCAACUUAAAUCUAAGCUUAGUAAUUAAAUAAAUUUUCCUAUAUUUUAUGUAGAUUAAAUAUAUUUUAUUAAACAAUAUUUUUCUUUUCCUA